AUGGACUGCCGCAGAGACCCAACUACUGGCGAGCCAAUUGGCUCUGUCAUGUACGACAAGCCCUCAGAAGUCCCCGAGUGGCUUAUACUAAACCUCCUGCCCCUCGGGGCUAUCGGCUUUGGCAACGCUGCCAAAGCCGUGGCCAUGAUCCGACGGAUCAUGGAGGAGGAGGGGCACGGCAUUUGUGAGGCCGUGAUCAGGGGGGUCAAACUCUUCGGAGUCACUGACCCCCAAACCAUCGAGAAGAUCCGGAGUGCCGGAUCACCAACCACCACCACCACCAGCAACAACAUCAACACCAUCAGCACCACCGCCACCAGAGCUCCCAUCACCACGAGGGCCUCUGUCAAGCCCAUUGCAGGGGCCUCUGACAAGCCUGCUGUUCCGGCAGCCCGCUCAGUCACUGCGGUCUCGGCCCCGCCAGCAUACCUCCUAGCUCCACUCGCAAGACUGAGGGGGGGCGCUAAGCCUCGCCCUCAUGAGCGGUGGAUGCUCAAAUAUCUAGAAGGAGAGGGGGGAGGGAAAGGGGGGGAUGAGGAGAAGGAGAAGAAGGAGAAGAAGGAAGAAACUGGCGGGGAAGAGGUUCUGGGCCUGGGUAAGGCCGAGCCUCUUGUGGCUAAAGCCGUGGAGCGGCCUUAUGUCCCUCCACACCUCAGACAUAAGUUGCCGGCCCGAUCUCUGGCCCGGGCUUCUUCCUCCCAGUGA